UGAAGAGCGGAAAUCAAGAUUCAGGCACCGGUUUGCCAAACGAAAUCUUGUGCCAACUCCAGCAGUGGUUGAAGAUCAUGGAUUAAUGUGGGCCAGUAUCCGACCAAUAUACGUGAAUGUUGCACAAUGGAAUUUGCAGACAGUCUCUGAAGAGCAUCAGGGGACGUGCAAUGGAAAGCAUGACAGAAGCUUGCCUGCUGACUUUUUGAUAUUCAAAAAGGAUCUUCACAGUCCUUGUAUGGUAUUUUCCACCAGCUGGAAUAAAUCUCCAUGUCAUGCAUGCUAUGAUACCCUUAUCCAUGCCAUUUCAAAGGAGAAAGUGAAGGUUAAAUUGAAACCUUUGAUGCUUGAAGAGCAGCAAAUUGUUCCUGAGUCUUCUGACAAAGAUGUGAAGUGCAAUUCUCCCGAGGAGGAAAGUUUGCUUCUGGAUGAGGAUGAACCUUUCCAUGAGGAUCCGGAUACUAUGGAUGAAUCGGAUGAUAGACCUGAUCCGAACAGCAUAAUUGAGUUCGACUUUCAGGCUGUCGUUCCUGACGUCACAGGGCAGAGUGCUGCUGUGGGAGAGAAUCCGAUGAACAUUUUGGAAAGUCAAUUAGAAUUCAAGCUUUCCUUCCCGGAGUUUUCUGGAGAAGCGGAGAUGAAGGAAUAUGCUCCGGAUUAUUUUGAUGAUCUCGGAGAGACUUUUGAAGCCUUGAGCAGACCGGCAUCCCCUGCAAGCCAUGUUUCCCCGAAUGAUGAUGAGAUUGAUGAUACUGAGGUGGAUGAACUGGCCGGGUUUAACUUGCCGCCACCAGAACAUAUUGCAUCUUUUGCUGUUGACCCAGCAUUUCCCGAGGCUGAGGUCACGAUUGACACUCAAAUUCUGCAGAUCUUGCGAAUGAUGCAGAGUGUGCCGGAAGUGGAAGCAUUCCUGAUGAUGGAGGUGCGCCAUCUGCUGGCCCCACGGACAACUGUGCGAGUGUUGUCCUCGCUCCACCGACCGCUGCGCCCUCACGUCCGAAAUUCCGUAUUACCGCAGCAAAACACCGAAACCCUGAUGCGAAAAGAAGAAAUCCGCCAUACGGCAACCUUUUUCUGAGUGGAGUGGACCAUCUUUACAACAUUCAUUCGGGCAAAAAGUGCAAACGCUGCGACAUAGUCUUCAAUCUC